GGGUGGUGGAACUAACCAUGGUUAAGAGUAUGCAGUUAGAGUCAGGUCCAAGAAAGAAAGGCGGCUAUUUAACGAGGGGUGGCGAGCCGAGUUUCCCAUCCCAAGACUGCACCCAUUCUCUGGCUUCCUCUAAAUCUAACCCAAAAAUAAAGAAGAAGAGCAACACCUUUUCAACACAAAUCGCAGCUGCUGAGAUCGAGAAGUGGGAAUCGGAGCAGUCCGAUCUCAUUGAUCCGACGGCGAUGGGUCUCUCGAGCCUGCCGACGCCCUCGGAGGGCGUCCUGACCCUGAUCCUAGUGAACACCGCCCUCACCGUCUCCAUCUUGAAGGAGCUCGCCCGCUCCGUCCUCCACGUCCUCGGCCUCCGCACCUUCCCGCCGGCGCCGGACCCGGCCGUGCCCGCUUCCGACCGGCCCUCGGAGCCCACCCUCACGGACCGGUUCCGGAGCAGGUUCAAGCCUAUCCGGUUCGGGUCGGCCUUCGGGCAGCGGCCCCAGCAGGCGGUCGACUGCCGGGUCUGCCUGACCCGGUUCGAGCCGGACUCGGUCGUGAACCGGCUCCCCUGCGGCCACCACUUCCACAAGGCCUGCCUCGAGCGCUGGCUCGACUACCACCACGCCACGUGUCCUCUGUGCCGCUCCCUCCUCCUCCCCGCCUUCGAGCCGUCGUCCGCCGCCUCUUCUUCGCCCUCAUAAGGGUUUGAAGAAGUAUUCGGUGCGGCGACGAUACACGGUAUCCUUUCAUAUGAGAUUUUUUUUUCCCGUUGCUGUGUGUACAGGUAUCAACUUUUUAAAAGGAAUUUAUUCUAUUUUUAGAAGGAACUAGAAUGCCUGCUUCCAAAUCAUGGAUCUUUGUUUGGUCCUUGUCAUCCUCUGUACAUAGAUGGGGUGUUUUGAAUCUGAGCCGUUGGUUGUUUUCCGUUACGGAUGUUUGGAGGUGGAUGAUAUAUGAUGUCACAGGUGGCAGUGUAUUUUAUUAGUUUUAUCUGAAAUAUAUAUUGUAUUUAGAAUUUC